AUGUGCAGGUGGUUUGCGUACCUUUCGACGACCGAGCCGUGCCUGCUUGAGGACGUGCUCAUCCUGCCCGACCACGCGAUCGCGAAGCAGGUGCACGACCGCUUCCUGCCCUACCUCUUCCACUACGAGCCCGAUGCCGACCACAAGUCCACGAAGAAGGAGAUGAGCCUCCGCAACAGUCCCUACAACCUCGACGGCCUCGGCCUCGUCUGGUACACCAACGCGCGUUCGGACUUCCGCGCCUGCCAAGGCCCGCGCCCCGUCUCCUACAAGAUCCUCCGGCAGCCCCAAACCGACCCCGUCUUCCAAUCCCUCUGCGCGGGCACCGCCGCGCACGCCGUCUUCGCGCACAUCCGCGCCGCGUCCGGCGCGACCGCGAUCACGACCUACAACAACCACCCUUUCACCUUCGGCCGGCACGCGUUCAUGCACAACGGCGUCGUCGCGCACUUCCCAGAAAUCAAGCGCGCGAUGGCCCUGGCCCUGUCGGACGGGGCGCACGACCUCGUCAAGGGCACGACCGACUCCGAGCUCCUCGCCGCGCUCUUCUUCACGUACCUCGAGGAGGGCCGCGGGCCGCACGCGUGGGACGCCGCGCACCCGCUCGACGAGCUCAAGCGCUGCCUCGAGCGCGCGAUCAGCACCGUGCUCGGCCUGCAGCGCGAUGCGAUGGCGCGCGCAGGCAAGGCCCCCGACGCGUCGAGCCUGAACAUCGCGGUGACGGACGGGGAGCAGCUGCUCGCGAUCCGCUUCCGGAACCACGCGGCGGAGCACCCGCCGUCGCUGUACCUGUCGACGCGCGCGGGCGUCGCGCUGAACACGAAGUUCCCGGGGCACCCGGACGUCGCUGGAGCGGACAACGGCGCGGGGAACUUCAGGGCGGAGGAGGAGCACGGGGACCAUGUCAUCGUCGCGAGCGAGCCGACGACUUAUAAGGAGGAGCACUGGGAGCUGAUCCCGAAGAACCAGUGUGUCAUGGUUGGGCGCGAUAUGGUGAUUAGGCGCGGACCGGUAGAGGUGCAGUUCUAG